UAAGUUGUGAAUAAUUAACCCUCUUUCCCUCUCUUUCUCUCUCCUUUCAACUGCAAGCAUGGGUAAGCCCAGGGGACUUCGUACUGCUAGAAAGCUUCGAGUUCAUCGUAGGAAUCAAAGGUGGGCUGACAAGCAAUACAAGAAAGCGCAUCUUGGGACUGCAUUAAAGGCCAAUCCUUUUGGAGGUGCAUCACAUGCCAAAGGAAUUGUAUUGGAAAAAGUUGGUGUAGAAGCCAAGCAGCCAAACUCUGCCAUUAGGAAGUGCGUGAGGGUACAAUUGAUAAAGAACGGGAAGAAGAUUACGGCUUUUGUUCCUAAUGACGGUUGCCUGAAUUUCAUAGAAGAAAACGACGAAGUGUUGGUUGCUGGAUUUGGGCGUAAAGGUCAUGCCGUAGGAGAUAUUCCAGGUGUCAGAUUUAAAGUGGUGAAAGUAGCCAAUGUCUCCCUACUGGCUUUGUACAGUGGCAAGAAAGAGAGGCCAAGAUCAUAAAAUGAACAAAUAAUUAUUACAAUCUCUCUUGUUUGUGACAUUUUAUUUAAAAUAGAGAACUCAGUUAAUUGAAAGAAAGUAUAUUAUACA